ACGCGCGGCCGGAAUCUCUCGUCAGGCUGCGGCACCGAAGGCAAACCAAUUGUACGACCAUGGUCGGCGGCAGCUGUCCCACAUGCAAGAAGAAAGCUCGUCACCAGAUCGAUAGGUUCAGCGAACUCCCCGAACACAUCCUCCGCCGCGUUCUCUCCUUGGUCGACUCCAAAACCGCCGUCCAAACGAGCCUCCUCUCCCGGCGUUGGAGAUCCGUCUGGAAAGGCGUUCCCACCCUCAAUCUCUACUCAAAAUCCUUCAAGACCCACUUUAGAUUCCAUCAGUUCAUCUCCGAAACCCUCUCCCGCCGUUACGCCACCGCAAUCGAACAAAUCAGCUUGGAAAUUGGGUACCCAAAUGGCGAUGAGGAUGAAAUUGAUGACAGUGAUGAUGAUAUCGACCUACCCGUCGGGGCCACCCGAUAUCGGAGGCUCUUCAGUUACGCGGCGUCCCGCGGUGGGAUCCAACGCUUGCGCCUCGUCCAUUGUGGGUACAGAGGAGAGAUCUGGAAUCAUUUCGUCCGAAGCCGUUCCCCUGCUGCUUUCGGAGUGCUUGCUACUCUGCAUCUGGAGGGCUGCAAGGCGUAUUGUUUCCCCUCGCUGAAAUGGAGCCCCAUCGCCGUUCGGGUCGACCCGUUCGCGGAUUUCCCCAACCUGAGGGAUCUAACCCUAAAGAAUUGCUCCUGGGCGAUUGAUGGUGGCGACGGGGAGGAAGAUGAUGGUUAUUACUCCAUCUGCUUGAGAGUCUCUGGGAUCCAAUUGCGGAAUCUCAGGAUGGAGAGUCUAUACUCCGUGUCCAAGUUCGAAAUAUUUGCACCGAAUCUCGAGUCAUUCUACUUUACGGGUCAGCUGAGGGGCCCGGAGUUUGUGGAGUUGCAGCAUAUGCUUUGCCUUGACCUGGCCUGUAUCCGAAUCUCUGGGUAUCGUGAUCUCGAUAUUCCGGAGAAUCGGGAUGAUUCUGAUUCUGAUUCUGAUGUUAAUGCUGAACUUGUUCCGGUGGAUCUCGCGGCCCGGAGGUUCAAGAACUUGUUCCAAGGAUUGCACAGUGCAAGAACACUUGAACUACAUUUGAAUACCUUCAAGAUACUUGAAAGGAUUCAAGAAUCGAACGCAUUCCAGACUUCUCCUUUUACUCGAUUGAAGACCCUGAUCAUCAAUGUAGAGUAUAAGCUACAAUCAUUUGACAUGCCUUAUCUUAUAUCACAAUACUUUCUCGGGAAUUCAACCAACAAAGAAGUGAAGUCUACCAAGUUUAAGGUGACAUCCUCCUAAGCCCAAGGUGAGUGUCUCUUUCCCAUUUUUCAGGUAUUGUAGAAGUAUCGAUUAGAUCGAUCGAAACUAACCGAGCACCAUCACUCUCAUGAUGACCUGAUGUCUGAUGAUGUUCAUGGGAAAACAUUGUAUUUGUCUACCUUAUACUGGUGUAGGCGACUCGGAUAAGGCGCAAAUCGCUACGCUACUGAAUGACAACAUAUGGAUGAAGGAGCAGAUUAAGUUGGAGUGUCAUUAUAUGCCUUGAAUCACUUGCCUUCCUAUGGACCUGCCUAUGUAUAGAAGUUGGGAAGCCGGUGAGGAGCACAAUGUAAGAAGCAUAGUGCACAACUGAUUCCUUGAUCCUUCUUACUUGCUUAUUCUGAGAACAUAAACACUAUUAUCCAGAAAAGAUGUCCACUUCAUUUCUGUGCAAAACUUUUCACUCACCACUUGUUUGUGUUAAAUGUCCAAGACUUCAGUGUACUGGUUGGAAAUACAUUCGUCGGAUUUCUUAUACUGCAGUGAAUGUGUAUAUGCAUAGUUAGUGGUUUUUGUUGUCCCCCCUUCACAGAAUCGGAGGAGUUGGAUAAAUGAAAAUAAAGGGGAACU